GUUAGGUACUGCAAGAACAAACAUUUGUUUUCUCCGCACUGCAACUCCCUCGUGGGCCUGAUCGAUAAGAGUGAUGGGGGACAAGCUACUAACCCUCCACCUCACAGCAAGGUCUCCAGAAAUAGUCGCAUUCGGGUUACCAGCUACACCUGUAGCACCGCAAUCAUUUCGACUGCGCGUCCCAUACCUGGGACGCUGCCUUUGCCCUCACGGUGUUCGCGGAAUUCGCUCGUCGUCUAGGGUAACCAGUAACCUCGGAAGCCGCGACCUGCGACUGCACGGAAUACCACAUCCGCGCGUCGCUCUAGCAGGAGGGGCAACUAAAGGAAUGGCCGGAACCGCUGACGGAACAGAGUUGACGGAAGGGAAAACCGACGGGAAACAUCUAGCGGAGCAGGCCUCCGAGGAAGAACCAACCAAGCACAUGGUGGCGACCACAGGCAAGUCGAGCGAGGGUGCGUCCUCACCUCACCCUGCGGCUCGCGUAGGACGGCUGGCUCCUGGCAACGGACAGGUGCUUCCAGACCCAGCAGGGGACAGGGUUUUGACGGAUGAAGCAGGGGGGAGCAGAGCGCGGAAGAAGCAGAAAGGGGGGAGUACGGGCAAGGGGAGUGCGGCGGAAAAUGGCGGUAUUGGCGCGGCGGGGGGGAGUGGAGGGGUGGAUGGGGAGCGCGGCAGGGAGGGGCGGAGGGAGGGAAAGAGGGAGGGUGAGAGGGGGGUGGCGGGGAGGGGAGCUGCCAGUUCUGGGUGGCGAAGAAGCGGCGGCUCUGCUCCAACCGGCGGAAGCCCGGCCACUUGUUCUGUGGUAACCACAUCCCAGAGACUGCAGCUCUGCGUGUGCCGUGCCCCAUCGACCCCUCCCACACGGUGUUGGCAUCUGAGGUCCAAUCGCACAUCGCCAAGUGUCCUGCAGCCGUGCAGAGGGAGUUGUCGCAGCAAGCAGCGUACUUCAAGGAGGGGCUCAAUGCAAGAGAGGGGGACGGUGGGAGUGCAAACGAAGCACACGCAGCGGGUGCUGCUGGCAUUUCGAUUCCCUCUCAUGCUGCCACUAACGCUGCUGCUGGUGCUGCUGACAGCAAGGGUUCUACUGCGUCCGCCACUGCGGACCUCUCUGGGAAGCCAGCGGCAGCAGCAGCCAGGAGGCAGGCAGUGGCGGCGCUGCAGGAGGGCGAGUGGCAGCGCGUGCUGCACCUGCUGCACCAGGCGCACACAGCCUGCUUCGGGGGCGACAGCGGCGUUCCUCUCCCUCCCCUGCGCCCCGCCACACAGCACGUGUCACAUCCCAGAUCACUGCCCGUAUCCCAGCCUGUGUUGGCGCCCAUCGUGUCUGAGCCUGCGUUGGUUUCUCCUUCUGCUGCUGAGCCCGGAGCCGAGACUCCUGCUCCGCUGCUCACUCUGACGCCUGACUCCACUCAACACUCGCCAGCACCCCCAGCAGCACCAGCAGCAGCACCAGCAGCAGCACCAGCAGCAGCACCAGCAGCAGCACCAGCAGCAGCAGCAGCAGCACCACCACCACUCUUCCCCCUGCAGCAUUCAGUGUUGUGGCCCCCCGUGUGCGAUGGAUGGGAGCAGGCCGCUAGAGACAUGGGCGGAAGUGUGCCGUUGGAGCAGCGGCACGUGAAGCAGCAGGCGUCCAUCCUCGCCAACCUGGCGCAAGCAGGGCUGCUCACCCCUCUGCCGCGCGCCCUGCCACCGCGGGGCGAGGGGGGCGAGGAGCAGGGAGAGCGCGAGAUGGUGUAUGUGGAGCUGGGCGCAGGGCGGGGGUACCUCACUCACAUGCUCUGCUCCUGCUUCCAUGCCCGCCACGUGGUGCUGGUGGAGAGGCGCGCGUACAAGUUCAAGGCCGAUCGUGCUCUGAGGAAACUUCCUGGAGUGAACCUUCUGCGAGUGCGAGUCGACAUCGCUGACCUGAACCUCUCCGCACUGCCCUGCCUGCACAGUCGCCCUGUGGUUGCCACCAGCAAACACCUCUGCGGCCCGGCCACAGAUUUGGCGCUUAGGUGCUGCCUGAACGCCUCACAGAAGAGUCAACCCAGUCAACCCGGUCAACCCAGUCAACCCAGUCAGCCCGGACAACCCAGUCAACCUGGUCAACCUGGUCAACCCGCUCAACCCAGUCAAUCCGGUCAAUCCAGUCAACAGCAGACUUCUCACCUAGCAGGGCUGGGCAUUGCCACAUGCUGCCACCACCUGUGCGACUGGCAGUCUUAUGUCAACCCGGCAUUCUUCGUGCGCCUGGGCUUCUCCCCCGCUGACUUCGCAGCAGUGGCGUGGAUGAGCAGCUGGGCGCUGCUGGGGGAAGGCACGGGGGGAGGGGCAGGUCGUGAGGGCGGGGAUAAUGAGCGGGUGGGAGGUGGUGAGGAGGGCGAAAGAGCAGGUGAGAAGGCAGACGGUGUAGCACAGGGAGAUACGGAAACGCUCACCGCAGCAGAAGUCAAGAUGGAAGGAGCAUCAGCAUUGGCACCUGUCGCUCUAACAGAAGCAGAAGCGCCAGCACCAGCAGCUAAGGGGGGUGGAGAAGUGGGGGCGAAGGAAGCCGUGACUGAAGGUCUGCCACAGGAGGCAGCAGCAGCAGGUGCAGCAGACAGGCCCUCUCCCUGGUUUUCAAAUCUGUCAGUUCAACAGAAGGUGCGGGUUGGCAAGGCGUGCAAGAUGCUUAUUGAUGCAGGACGGCUGGAUUGGUUGCAAGCCAAGGGGCUGGUGGCGAAGUAUGUGGAGUACACAACGGUUGAUGUGUCGCCGGAGAACAGGAUGUUACUUGCGUCGAGAGCCAACCUGGGAUGAUAUCUAGCUAGGAGUUUAUCAUUGCAUCCGAUGCUGCGAUAAUUGUGUCAUACAUUAAAAAUAGCUGUAAAAUAUGAAACAAUCGUGGCAACGCU